AUGCAUUUCUCGCUUUUAACUCUUCUCUCCACCGUGACAGCCCUGGGAAAUGCUGCUCCGAGCGGACUACAUACUCGUGAUAUUCCGCCUGCUGAGCUAGCGCAGUUCGAAUUCUGGGUCCAGUACGCAGCCGCUGCAUACUGCCAUGACAACUAUGCCUCUAUGGCAGGCCAUAAGUUGACAUGCUGGGCUGGAAACUGUCCACAGGUUGAGGCCGCUGACACCUCUAUUGUCUACGACUUCUCAAAUACAACCGCUACCGACACCUCGGGCUAUAUUGUUUUAGACAAUACAAACAAGGCCAUCAUCUUGGCUUUUCGAGGGUCAUACUCCGUUCGUAACUGGAUUGCCGAUGUCGAAUUUCCCUAUACCGACCCCAAAUUGUGUGACGGUUGUGAGGCAGAGCUAGGCUUCUGGAGCUCCUGGGAACUAGUUCGCGAUGAGAUCAUGAAGUACCUAACCGCCACUGUUAAUGCCAACCCUACUUACGAACUUGUCGUUGUUGGCCACAGCUUGGGUGCUGCUGUCGCAAGUCUCGCUGCUGCUGAUAUCCGUGGGAAGGGCCAUCUGUCUGCGAAAUUGUACGCCUUCGCGUCUCCUCGUGUGGCCAACCCUGCUUUGGCCCAAUAUAUCACCGCUCAGUCCAACAACUAUCGCUUCACGCACACCAAUGAUCCUGUGCCCAAACUACCAUUGUUAUCCAUGGGAUAUGUUCACAUUAGCCCGGAAUACUACAUUACUGCUCCGAACAACUCCACCGUUUCUGCGAACCAUGUGCAAGUGUUGGAGGGUGAGGUCAAUUGGAAUGGUAACACUGGAACUGGUUUGCCUUCCUUAAUUGACUUCCCAGCUCACCAUUGGUACUUUGAGGAAGCAGAUGGGUGUAAGGGACCUGGCCUUCCAUUUAAGUUCUAA